CGGAGACACCGAAGAAAAGAACACUUUGUCCCACCGGCGUUUAUUUAGCCGCAGAAGGUCGUUCACAGCUGGGCGGCAUUUAACAACACUCACAACCUCAACCAGCGGAACACAACUGAACUUUAUACAAAGUGUGGGGCUCAAACCGCGGAGUGAUGUGAGUAUCUCUGCACAGAAACAACAGGAAGGCGGCUGAAGGUUGCGUUGUGUCGGGCAAGUUAUGAAACAAUGCUAACAUUAGUGAGCUAACGUUAGCAUUCCACUACCGUAACGGCUGAGAGCUAAAAGCGGCACGAGACGCCGGUGAAGUCCCGGUAAUCAACUACCCAGCUAACCCAGCUAAAUGCUAGUUGUUCUGGAUGGUCAGAGUUAGCAAAUAACGCUAAAUUUGAAUUAAUAUACCGGCAGAGAAGCAGGGUGUUUGGGCUCCAACCGCUCGGUCUUGGUGGACCAGACCCCGGACUCCGCGCCUCAGACCCCGGGCUCCUCUCCUCAGACCCCCGGGCUCCUCUCCUCAGACCCCCGGGCUCCUCUCCUCAGACCCCCGGGCUCCUCUCCUCAGACCCCCGGGCUCCUCUCCUCAGACCCGGGAUACUGAGUGGCUAGCUCCAUGGCAGCCACGGCCGGUGCCCGGCGGUUCCCCAUGGGUGUGCGGACCUUCAGUGACCUCCUCCAGGUCGCCUCUGUGGGCUCGUGUCGUGCGGCGGUGCCGAGAGGAUGCCUGCGACAGAACAUCAGACACCUGUCCUCGUGUGGCAUUUUGAUGACGAGAACUCCCAGAGUGCUUUGCCUUCAGGACUGGGACACGAUGACAGCUGUUCCCCAAAGCAGAAACUUCAUCAGUUUCACCAACAAACGGAAGGAGUACUCCGAGCGCAGGAUACUCGGGUUUUCUAUGCAGGAAAUGUACGACGUGGUGGCCAAUAUUGACGAAUACAAGCUCUUUGUGCCGUGGUGUAAGAAGUCCCAGACCGUCAUGAAGAGAGCCGGCCACGCCAAAGCCCAGCUGGAGGUGGGAUUCCCCCCCGUGGUGGAGAGAUACACGUCGAUGAUCACCAACGUCCGGCCGCAUCUCGUCAAAGCCGUGUGCACAGAUGGAAAGCUGUUCAACCACCUGGAGACGAUAUGGCGCUUUAGUCCCGGCAUUCCUGGUUACCCUCGCACCUGCACCGUAGACUUCUCUAUAUCCUUUGAGUUCCGCUCUUUGCUGCACUCCCAGUUAGCCACCAUGUUCUUCGACGAGGUCGUAAAGCAGAACGUCGCCGCGUUUGAGCGGCGAGCCGGGAAGCUGUACGGCCCAGAGACUCGAAUCCCACGAGAGCUGAUGUUCCACGAGGUGCAUCAGACGUGAUCCCGGCUGCCGCUCCUCAUCCGGCCUUAAACCACGGCGACCUUCAUCCACACGACCUGCAUGAUGCCGCUUUAGUCUCCAACAACACGCAACGCAACUCUGACCGCUUCGUUUAGGAAUCAGCGCCUCCACAGUUCUUCAUGCUUUUGUGUCUAAUGGGGGAAACGUGUCGUGUUGAUUGAGACACGAGCAUGAUGAAUAUUAAUAACUUUGUAUAUACUGUCACUUUGAGGACGCUGCCUCAAUACUGCAGCAACUAAAACAUGUCUCCAUCAUUCACAGGAUGCACAAUCCAAGUGUUCCUCUUUCGGGCUCCUGCACCUGAAGGACACUCGUUUAGCAGAAGGAUUUCUCCUCCAGGGCGACGCUGCGUUUAUUUAAACCAAAGCUCAUCAUGUUCCAGCAGCCGAGAGACGAUUCAUUAUUAAAACGCGACACUGAACAAAACCCCGACAGGGACGAGUCUCCGAGGUCACUGUGAUCUCAAGCAGGCGGCAACUAAACAUGUCACUUCCUUUAGUCUGUACAGCGUCAGAAACACCCAAAUAUCCAAUUCUAAUCAGAAAUGAUGAAGAGACGCAGAAAACGUUUGGACCUGUAUCUUGAAUAUCAAACGAUGGAUUGAUAAAUAGUUCUGAUCUCAGACGUCUUUCACUAAAGUUAAACUCAUCAGCUUCUUCUUCGCCUUUCAUUUAAACAUUACUUUUAUUUCAACUUGAAGUUUUAACAUAUUGUUUGACGUGCUUUAGUAACUGGCGCAACACGCUCGUCAAGCGUUGGUUAUUAAAUGUGUUGAAGGUAACUUCACUUUGGGGACGUCUUGCUUUGACUUGUUGUUGCUGUGAGAAUUGUGUUUUUGGUCUUUGAGACGUGACUUCACAGCCCGGCACGAGUAACGUCGUGUGAUUGGCGGCUGCACGAUGUGAGGAAACACGCGUGGUUACUUUGUUGGAUAUCGGGAUAAAUAAACGGAUAUUAAAAGUACGAGUUCUGCUGCUUUCAGUUCGCUGCUAAAAUACAACAAACUGCUCGUUGAAUAGAAGAAGAAAGACAAACACCCGAUCUGCUGUGCAGCUCUACUGCAGCGUGCUGCGAACAAAGCAUGAGACACGACGAUGUGAAACACGACGACGUGAGACACGACGAUGUGAGACACGACGACGUGAGACACGACGAUGUGAGACACGACGACGUGAAACACGACGAUGUGAGACACGACGACGUGAAACACGACGACGUGAGACACGACGACGUGAAACACGACGACGUGAGACACGACGAUGUGAAACACGACGACGUGAAACACGACGACGUGAGACACGACGAUGUGAAACGAACUGCUGGGCUGCAGAAGGAACGUCUCGGUUACAUGCUUUUUGUUUUUGUGUGGCUUCUUUAGCUUUUAUUUGUGAACAUUGCGAUGCGUGGACGUGACUCCCAGAGGCAGAUGUGUUCACGCGUCUCUGUCGCAGCACGUGGAUCAUAAGUUCAGUCGUUUUCCAUUUUAGAGGCGACGAUGUUCAAGUUGCAAGAAGGUCAAAGUGUGUGCGCGUCGUCACGUUCACGCUACAUUAAUCAAAUUAAAGUAUUUUUAAAAGUGGAUUUUGGCUUUAAAUUAGAUUAUUUCUUAUUUUCUGAGGGGAUUGGAAAAGAUUGUUCAGCAUCAGAAUGUUUAUUAAACCGGUCUGUGAGUUCCUGUUACAAUUAUAAAGAUUAAAGAUUUAUAAACAUUUCAGAGUGUUUUAUCUUUCAGCGUUUCUAUCGUCAGACAUGUUGCAUCAAAUGUGUUUUUUAUUUUCAGUGUCUUGCACACCGAUUGGAAUUCAUGCCAUUUUAUUAUUCUAGGUGCCAACACCCCCCCCCCCCCAUUAAACUGCAGGUGUAUGUAUUCACCAUCAGCUGCUGCAGAAUAUAUUUAUAACAUAAAUCACCAUCUUUGUAAAUAAAACUGUAUUUCAGAGAUUUAUUUAAAUAAAAGAGCAGGUUUGA